CACGGGGGGCCCGGGAGAGGGAGAGAGGGUCUGCUGCGCGCAUGCACAGCCCACUGCAGAGCCGCGUGUCCAUAGCAAAGUGGUGAGGUUAUAGCAGACCAAUGGGGAAGGAGCCCAGCAAAUCUCUGACGCUCUGUGUUUCCUUCCCCCCAGAUUGCCCAAAGCCCCAGGGAAGAGAGAAGAAGAUGGUGGAAAAUUCACCGUCGCCAUUGCCAGAAAGAGCGAUUUAUGGCUUUGUGCUUUUCUUAAGCUCCCAGUUUGGCUUCAUGCUCUAUCUCGUGUGGGCGUUCGUUCCUGAUUCUUGGCUACACUAUGUCGGACUGACCUACUGGCCUCAAAAAUACUGGGCUGUGGCUCUGCCCAUCUACCUCCUCAUCACCAUAGUAAUCGGCUACGUUCUCUUAUUUGGAAUAAACAUGAUGAGCACUGCACCCCUCAACUCCAUCAAUACCAUCACAGAUAACUAUGCUGAAAAACAACAGCAGAAGAGAUACCAGGAAGAGGCCAUCCCAGCACUGAGAGAUGUACCCAUCAGUGACGUAAACCAAAUGUUCUUUCUUGAUGCUACAGACGUGUACCCCCAAAACUGAUCUGUGCAUAGAACCAAAUACUUCUUUUCAGUAUCGGCACCAUAAUUAUGGCCAUGAUGAAAUAAAAACACUGCAUUAUUUAGCACGC